CCUGAAUGCAGCACCAGAGCUGCAUUUGACACUUCAGGUUGAGCGACGCUAAUGUUCAGCAUGUCUGAAAAGGAGCUGGGAAAAAAGUGGGACCGAUGCCUGGCAGAUGGUGCCAUUAAACUCGGCACUGGACUGGGGUUAGGAAUCGUGUUUUCUGUUCUGUUCUUCAAAAGGCACACUUGGCCGAUUUCUCUCGGCUCAGGAGCGGGACUUGGCAUGGCAUAUGCCAACUGUCAGAAUGACCUGAGGUCCCAUUAUUUGCUGCACAGAAGCGAAAAGGAGCAGUAACUGCAAGUCAACGAGGGACUGUCAUUUUUUAAGGUUUUUUUUUUUUGUCUUCUUGUUUUGUUUUGUCUGUGGGAGAGUCGCCAUUUGCACUGUUCUGCAGUUAGAUCCUUGUCUCCCUGUUGAACGAUCCAUCCUCGUAUGACUCUGUAUGAUUUAUAUGUGCCUGAACAGGACAGUCUGUGUAUAUUUAAUAAAAUAAUCAUGACGACAAAAAUGA